CUUCUAUAUCUCAAAUUCGAAAGUUCUCACAUUUUCCCUCUUAAACGCUCCGUUUCGAUUUCAAAGUCUGAUCUAGUCUGGUUUAAUAAUGGACGCUUCAAAGGAGAAGAAAGGUGCAGGAGGAAGAAGAGGGGGAGACAGGAAGAAGGCUGUUUCGAAGUCUAUUAGGGCAGGCCUUCAAUUCCCGGUCGGUCGCGUUGCUCGGUUUCUGAAAAAAGGCCGGUAUGCUCAAAGAUAUGGAGCCGGAGCACCGAUCUAUCUUGCUGCUGUUCUUGAGUAUUUAGCUGCUGAGGUGCUGGAACUGGCUGGGAAUGCAGCACGAGAUAACAAGAAGAAUAGAAUAAACCCUAGGCAUGUGCUACUAGCUGUGAGGAACGAUGAGGAGUUGGGGAAAUUGCUUCAAGGUGUGACCAUUGCUAGUGGAGGUGUGCUACCAAACAUCAACCCAGUUCUUUUGCCCAAGAAAUCUGCUGCUACUGAUAAAUCUUCAGAGUCCAGAUCCCCCUCGUCCGCUAAAAGCGCUUAAAGAUAAAUCCUAGUGUUAUGUAUUAAUUCCCAAUAAUGGAUUUUAGGAUCUAGUUAGUUUUUCUCUUCUUUUUAUUGUGAAUUUAACCAUCCUCUUAGGUGCAUAAUGUAGCUGGAGAUAAAGUUUAUAAUGGAAAUUUGCCAUUUUCUCGCA